UCACGUGACCUGCAUGUCCUUGGUUUGGCCGUCUUUGACAUGUGAGCAACAGAAACAUGUCUUUCCCCAAAAAAACUGGUGGCAAAGCGUUGAGCGCUUUGCAGAAUCUGCCCCGGAUAACUUUAGCAAACUUGCGGCCUGAACCGGGAGCUACAAAGCCGGUGACGCGGCGGGGUAGAGGACAGCAUGGUGGCAACAGGAGCGGCCGAGGACACAAAGGAGAGCGACAGAGAGGCACCCGGCCUCGGCUGGGAUUCGAAGGGGGUCAGACUCCGUUUUAUCUCGCAAUCCCUAAAUAUGGCUACAAUGAAGGACACAGCCGGCGGCCACAGUACCAGCCUCUGUCAUUGAAACGGCUGCAGUACCUGAUUGAUCUGGGCCGAGUCGACCCGACCCGGCCCAUAGACCUGACCCAGCUGGUCAACGCCAGAGGAGUGACGGUCCAGCCUCUGAAGAGGGACUAUGGAGUCCAGCUCGUUGAGGAGGGUGCCGACAUUUUUGCCGCAAAAAUCAACAUUGAGGUUCAGAGAGCUUCUGAAGGAGUCGUAGCUGCUAUUGAGAAGAACGGAGGGGUCAUCACUACCAGUUUCUAUGAUCCUAUAAGUCUUGGGAUCGUCAUCAAGCCCGUCCCGUUCUUCUUACGCGGGCAGCCCAUCCCAAAGCGAAUGUUACCCGGGGAGGACAUGGUCCCGUAUUACAGAGAUGCUGAAAACCGGGGUUACUUGGCAGACCCGGAGAAAAUCCAGCAGGCCCGGCUCGCCCUGGCACAGAAGUAUGGAUAUAUUUUGCCAGACAUUUCAAAGGAUGAACUGUAUCACAUGCUCUCCAUGAGGAAGGAUGUUCGACAGAUCUUCUUUGGCCUCUCUCCAGGGUGGGUCGUUAGCAUGCCAGAGAAGAAGAUCCUGAAACCAACUGAUGAGAAGCUCCUGAAAUAUUACAGGUCAUAGGCGGGAGAUGUAAAAUAUAUCUUUAUGUACAGUAUCUCAUGGAAAAAAUCUGAUUUUUGGAUGAUAGUCUUGGACAUGUUUUCUGUUUAUAUUAAAAACUGUUUAAGAA